GUCGACUGCGCGUCAGCAACCAGGGAGGAGGCAGGCGCAUUCCGAGAAAACACAUUUCCAGAAUAAUAAGCCUCGCCAACUCUGCCUACCUGCCCAAUAACCGGACGUCAUCUAGCACGCCCUAGAAGCUCGACACUCGAAUCCCGUCUGACCCCCUACCUUCCACAGCUUCUCCAGAUUCGAGCUACCCGAACAAACCCACUGUCCGGCCACAAUGCAGCGUGCAUCGUACGGACAAUCUCCUCCUUUACACCAUCCCGUCCCGCAACAUGUAUCUACAGUCCCUCAGCUGCGGUCGCCUCCCCCGCCAGUCCCGCAACCGCAGGCCCAAGGGUAUGGGAGCCCGUACCCGCAACAGCAAGGGGCUGCCCCUCAGGGCAACAUGUUUGGGCAGUACGGCAACUUUAUGAACGAUCCGGCAGCGCAACUGGCGUCUCAGUUCGGCCAGACAGCUUUCAAGCAUGGGCAGGAAUAUCUUGAGCACAAUGUCAACCGCUACGUGAAUAUCUCGGCUGUCAAGCACUACUUCAACGUCACGAAUUCCUACGUCAUCAGCAAGUUAUUCCUCGUCCUGUUCCCGUGGAGGCACAAGCCAUGGUCGCGCAAGCAGGCGGUCAGCCCUACUGGCCAGGAUGGCUGGUAUCUACCUCCGAGAGACGACGUCAACAGCCCGGAUAUGUACAUUCCAGUCAUGUCGCUCGUAACAUAUAUUCUUCUGUCCACCCUUAUUGCCGGUUUCCGAGGGCAGUUCGAACCCGAACUUUUGGGUUAUACGGCGUCAAAGGCAAUGGUUGUGGUAAUAGUCGAAAUCCUCGGGCUCAAGCUUGGAUGCUACUUCCUCAGCAUUUCAAACCAAUCACAACUCCUGGACCUGGUUGCGUACUCGGGAUACAAGUUUGUUGGCAUCAUCACCACCAUAUCCAUUGCGGAGAUUGUGAAUGGUGGUAAAGGGACUGGUGGUUGGGUCGGCUGGACCGUAUUUCUAUACACCUUUUUGGCGAACUCGCUCUUCCUGAUGAGAUCGCUUAAGUAUGUCUUGCUUCCGGAAAGCGCGGGCGAGAAUCGAGGGCCGAUGCAAACGGGAGACUCCCGAUCGAAGCGAAACCAGAGGACGCAGUUCUUGUUCUUUUAUUCCUACGUUGUACAACUGUUCUUGAUGUGGAUCUUGAGCAGGCAGCUGUACCCAGAAGAACUGGCCAGAUCGACAUAUCAAGUGAACAAACUCGAGCUCUUAGAAAUCUACAUCGAGCCUUCAACCAUGCCUCUUCCCUCCAUCGUCUCAGCGACGGGCCAGUCAGCCGUCAUUGGGGCACUCUCCAACAUCCUGGCCCAAGCAAUCACGGCUCAUCGAAAUGAUAUACCGUUAGUCAUUGAUUGGGUACCGGUCUUCCAAUUCUUCGUCUUCGCCUGCCUUUGUACGCCGCCGAACUUCUUAUGGCAAGAAUUCCUAGAGCAGACAUUCCCGGCCUACCACGCGGCGCCGACCGAGGAGGCCAUCGCGUCGGCAGCGGCGGGCGACGACAAGGCGCUGGACCGGUCGGCCGCUGAGGGCCACCUGGUCGAGCCGCGCCUCAACGCCGGCAACACGGCGGCCAAGAUGGCGCUGGACCAGACGGUCGGCGCCGCCGCCAACACGCUCAUGUUCUCGGUGUUUAUGAAUGCCGCCGCGGCCGCCACGGCGCACAGCAACCGUGGCCCCAGCAGCCUUGCGUUCCUGCUCAGCGGCGGCGCGUUCGACUACGGCCGCGUCGACUGGCGCGCUGUGGCGGCCAAGACUCGCGACUCCUUCUGGGGCCUCAUAUUUGCUGGCUGGACGUUCUGGCCGCUCGUCAGCCUGUUCAACUUCACGCUUGUGAGGGGCGUCGAGGCGAGGAACCUGGUGGGCAACCUGGCUGGUGUUGCUUGGGGGGUCUAUAUGAGCUUGUUCACUGCUCGCUAGGGGUUGGGGGAAUCGAAAUGGG